UCCUUUCUCUCCUUCUUGAGUUUUCCCGAAGCUCUCCACCUUGCUCUCUUCCUCUCUCUCACUCUUCUGUGUCGUCUGCAGCUGAGCUCUAUCGGUUUGGGCGCUUUCAUGGCCUUCGCCCACAGCUUACUGGUGGUUCCGGUGGAGACAUCCCCAUCAUUCCUCCAUUCCAGAAACCCUUUCUCCUCUCAAUCUUACCCUUCUCCUUCUCCUUUCGGUUCUCCAUUUCACCUGUCUUUCCCCUGCUGUUCUUCUUCUUCUUCCUCCUCCUCCUCCUCCUUUCCCUGGGUAAAGCCGCUCUCUCCCCUCCCCAGACGAGGCUCGAGCCGAAUCGGCCCCCAAGCAAAAGCUACACCCCAGGAAUCAGAAGUUAAUUUAGCCGCAGAAGCCUUCAGCAAUUUCAAGCACCUGCUUCUGCCAAUAACUGAUCAAAAUCCUUACCUUUCUGAAGGAACAAGACAGGCUGUAGCUACCACAGCUGCUUUGGCAAAGAAGUAUGGAGCUGAUAUCACAGUAGUCGUUAUUGAUGAGAGGCAGAAAGAAUCAUUGCCUGAGCAUGAGAACCAACUUUCUAGCGUCCGAUGGCAUCUCUCAGAAGGUGGGUUCCAGGAUUACAAGCUUCUGGAACGGCUCGGAGAAGGAAAAAAACCGACGGCGAUAAUCGGGGAGGUUGCGGAUGAUCUGAACUUGGACUUGGUGGUUCUGAGCAUGGAGGCGAUCCAUUCCAAGCACGUCGAUGCGAACCUGCUAGCAGAGUUCAUUCCAUGUCCUGUCAUACUCUUACCUUUGUAAAAAAGAGAACAGAAUAUUCUGGGCAAUGGCUGCUGCGCUUUUUGAUGGGCUGUAAUCAUCAAUUUCCUCAAAUGCUCAAUCUUCCGGUUGGCUUUUGAGUGGGAGUUGGUCUCUCCACUUUGGCCCCUUCCUUGAGAAGAAUGUACGACUUUUUUUUUUUAGUCUUUUAUCUUUGUGCCUUUUUAACCCUUUUUUGGGCAUAUUCCCUUCCUUGGGCACUCUUGAUGUGGAUUGAACCCUUUUCCGAGUCUCUGUUUUUUCUUUGCGGACCAUGAGAAGACCGACUUGACAUCGCGGUAGCGCCUUGUAGAAAGGUCGGAUUGUAAUUUGGUGUUUGAUAAAACUUAAAAAUGUCAUGCUAAAUCUUAUAAAAA